AUUACAUGAUUUAAAUAAAAAGAUAUCCAUGCUUUGUUCUAUGGAGGACGGAAACGAGAUAAUAUGUUUUAAAGAUACGAAAUAUUAAAGUGAAAACGAUGCACUGUAUGAUAGCAGUAUUGCACUUGGUAAUGCUUGAAUUUUGUUAAGCAUGACUGGAUACUGACUGGUAUUGCUGGGACACCUGUGUCUUGCCAUCUGCUGUGGGAAUACUGCUAUCAUCGGGAUUUGCAACAACGCAAAAGUAAGCAGUCCUCAGUAAAGUGUGAGGAUGCACUGAUUUUCAAAGCUUACCUUCAUGGAUUUCUUCAUUUUUGAGUGCAGGUCAAUAAAAGUAGUAUAUCUGCUGUUUACUUCCUGUUACCAAAGACGUGCUGGGAGAGGUUUUCAUUGCAUUUAUUUUAAAUUCCAUGCAGCACUACCGUCCUGUUGCUCUGAGGCCAGUGGGUCGGCCCUGAGGGGAAACACCGCUGCUCAGGCUCAGUUGGCUGGGUGCGCUGAGGUGGCUGAGGAUGCAGCAAGGGAGCUGAGGAGGAGACUCCUGAGCUACAGCCUGGCACACACAUUCAGAGCUGCUACUGCUGCUGCUGCGUACUGCCCUCCACCAGGGGGGAUUCUCUAGUUGGCCUGGACCAUGAGCAAUGAGUCUACCGUCUGGAACAGCCUACCAGAAAACUCCACAACUCAGGAGAUCCCACUCGAGGUUGAGGAGCAGCAGGAUGGUUAUGUGCUCCUCCUGGUGAUCCUCUCCAUCUUCUUGGUAGGAACACUGAUAUUCAUCUCUGUCUUCCUCUUCGCUUGCCGCCGUGGAGGGAAAUGCUGUGCCAGGGCCAGCAAUGACCCUGAGAAAACCAACAACACCUACUUGGAGGAGUCUCAGCCCACCCAUGAAAUCACCAUCAGGGUGGAUGAGUCAGACUGCCUGUCCAUGGCCAGUUCUCAUGACCAAGAAACAGAGCGUUUCCUCUCCACUGGCCCCACAGGCCGUCGCGUCUCCUUCAAUGAGGCUGCGCUCUUCGACCACGGCAAGAAAGCCCAGGAGAAAGGCCGCAGGUACACUCUGACAGAGGGUGACUUUCAUCAUCUGAAGAAUGCCCGGCUCACAAACCUCCACAUACCUCCUCCGGCCCUCAAGAUAGUCACCAUCCAUGAGUGCGACUCUGCGGAGAACACCAUCACGAUGACAACGCGCCCUGUUGCUAAGUCAGCCCUUUCCAUCUUCCAGCCAAUGCUGUGUCCCUUGCCGCAAACAGCGUUGACCAGCCUGAGUGUCAGUCCAAGCUGUGCCCUCCCUGGAGAUGCUCUCAACUCUGUGGUGGACAGCACCAAAGAGCCAAGCUCCACUUCUAUUGAAAUGAUGGGAGUGGGGCCUCGGGGCAGAGGCAGCAGUGUCAGUGUGGGAGAAUCAGCAGUGCUGGGGAGCGGUGCCUCUCCUGCUGGUGGCGGUGCAGGCCAGAGGCCUGUGCUGCAGUUCCUUACUAAACUGCGGCGCCAUGCUAGUCUAGAGGGGGCCAGUCCCUACUUCAAGAUCAAGAAAUGGAAGCUGGACAGCAGCCAGAGAGCAUCGAGUCUGGACACCAGAGGCUCUCCAAAGAGGAGACAGUUCCAGCGCCAGCGGGCCGCCAGUGAGAGCAUGGACCAGGAUGAUAAUGAUGCACAUCAUAUAGACCUCAUCCAAUACAUUGCCCGCACCCAUGACGUCACCUAUCGCCCUAGCCAGCCCACCACACGCCUCCUCUCGCCUCCUUCGACACCACCCCCCUCCCUCGGCAGGGUAGAGGUAGAGGUGAUGGUGGAGCCCAGCUGCAGCCAUGGAGGACCAGGGGUGAUUGGCCUGUCCCCUGAUCCCCAAGAGGAAGCGCUGUCCUUGGCUAGAAGGGAAAGUGCAAACCAAUCCGACCCCCUUGAUCCCCAGGAUCCCCAGUCACUUUACAGAGACAUCUGGACAUUACGUGCAACUCUCGAACAGUACGCAGCCUCUGACCAGAGCAGCAACAAUGACAGGAACUCAGUCUGCAGUGAUGCUGACAGUGUGUGUUCACUUGGUGGACGAACAGACACAGAAAGAGGUCUCCCCAGCUACCCAUCCCAGGAUUUAGGGGAUGAGGGAGAGGGUGGAGAGGAUGACAAGGACUUCUUUGUCUAUAUGGAUGAGAAGAUGGAGGUGAAGGAGUCAAAAAAGAAGAAACAGAAAAGCACAGACUCAGAGCGAGGGAGCAAUGAUGGAGAAACGGGGACUCGUAAAUUACUGCAGAUGGACAGCGGCUACGCGUCGAUAGAGGCUCCGUCUCGAGGUCCGGAAGAUCUGCGACUGUUUGGGAGCAGCAGCAUCACCAGCAGCCCCAAAGACAGAACAGCCCACGAGAAAAGGCAUCAUUUCACCAAUGCAGGACGAACUGGCACGAUAGGUGAGAGUUUUGAAUCUCAUCUCUUCGAGGAGGAGCCUGAAGAUGAGUUGUUGUUGGGUGCCAGUGGAGGAGUUUCCACCGAAACAGGUGCUGGUUCACUGAGGUGGUUUCCAUAUGGUCAUGUGCUCUCUCCUCGAGAAGCUGCACAGCUUCCACCUCAGCAUUUAACCCUGCACCGCCGAGACUACAGCAUAGAUGAGAAGACAGAUGCGCUCUUCCAUGAGUUUCUCCGCCAUGACCCUCAGUUUGAUCAGCAGGAAUCCCCACUAAGAAAGCACCGGUCCCGAAUCCACCUACGCAAGCAGUGGCAGCGCCACAAGCAGUGGAGCGAUCCUGGUGUCAGACACUUCCAGUCCUCCUUUGAGAGACAGCGGACACCUCUAAGGAGGGGUGACAGUGUAAACUAUCCCCUGGACACAAGCUACCACAGUACGCUGCCCCGCAUCGUCAGUGCUCCUGACGAGGAGACAAGCGAUGGGACCAGCAGCACACCUGAAACUCCAAAGGUAGAGCUCCAACAAUCUGAGGAUGGAGAAAAGGUGCAGGGCGCCCCUGUCAGAGACACUGAGGACCACACAACCUCUUCCCCUUCGCCUCUUCAUCCCUCCAUUUCAGAGAAAGAUGGAGGACUGACUGAGCUGCCUGACCCUCAGGAUGACAGCAGACAGUCUAGCCACCCCUCUGAACCCCCAGAUGAGCGUUCACGUCAGCUGCUCGACUCAUCGGGAUACGGUCCACAAACCAUCACAGCAGAGCUAACAGACAAACUGAGUGCUAACCUGGAUGAGAGGUUGUACACGGGCCUUCGCAGGACCAAGGACACAGCUACAGAGUGUGUGACCGUGACAGCCACACACGCUUCUCCGGACCACAGCCCAGUGUAGCAGGGCUCCAAUCGUCCUCCUCAUCAACCUCCUGUCUGCUAAUACACUCAUUUCUUUCUGUUUGGUUUGUCUUGCUUCAGUUUGAAUUAAACACCAAUUUCCAGAUAACCGUAGAUACAGCUGAUCCACCAGAAAUGUAUCCACUCUCUCCCUGCAAGUGUCAGCAUCACAAAGCUGUUGAGUGUUCCCAUUUUACAGCUCACUAACAUCGACAUAUCAAAAAUCAUACAAUUUUAGAAAUAACUGCUUCCUCAUUAAGUGUUUCUUUGUGUGUGUAUUCUCUUUAUGCCUCUUUUGCUGUCUUUCUGUCUCUGCUCUCCAGUAAAAGUAAAUAAGGCUGAGAGCUGCUAUGGCCUCUGUACUCCUUGAUCCACUGUGAAACCAGGUGCUAUUAGACAAGUAGAAGGCUAGUGAAGUGGACAAAGCAGUUACCUACCAGUGCUGUGAGAGUAAAUACUGUAGUAAAAACAUAGUUGUGAAUUCAAAGAUUGCUUAGAACAUCAUAAUAAAACUAUGUGAAUCAUAAAUUAUCUUGAUGUGGCCUAUUGCAGGGCAACACAGACCCUUUAAAAAAGUAAAAUUAGUUUAGUAGGCUUAGUUCCUUUGAAAGAUUGACCCAAAUAAGGAAGACGCUACGCUACAUGGAGUUGUUCAGAGUGGUUGUUUAGAUCAGUGGUGUCCAGCCUGUUGGUUGACCGGAUGACAGAAAAGGUCAAAUUGAGGACAUCCUCUAUCACCAAGUGUGUGAUUGAAAAUGCUUCUCAGCUUUGUGACACAUUUCUUGUUUACUUGUAACUUUUUGUUUAAUGAGCAGUAAUAUAUUUUUGUACAUCUGGCCUGCUUAGAUGACAGCGAAAACUGACAGUGCGGCAGGUUUAAAAAUGAGACGUCCUGUCUGCCAACAGGCAGAACUAUCAGACUAGACAAGAUCCAGCACUCUGGUGCAAUGAUUCUUCAUCAGUCAAAAAUCCAUCAGUAAUGUACAACUCUGUAAGCUAUGACUUUUAUUACUUUGGGCAUCACUGCACUAACAAUGAGAACAGAGCCAGAGUUGUGUUUAAAGCCAUGAUAAGCGAAAUUACAUAAACGCUAUUAGAUAUGAAGCUACAGCUGAAUUAAUCAGGCAGGCAUGUUCUCUCAUGCUUACAAAACAAACUUUAUUUGUCAACAUAUGACAUUCUAAUUUCUCCCCCCCUCCUCUUCUUCUCUUGAGAAAGUUGACAGUGCAGCAGAUUCCUCCCUCGGGGGCUUUAUGGCUUCCUGAAAGGUUAUAAAACUAUCAGAACGAAGGCCACGUCUGUGUUUAACUCGACUUUUUCUCUCUCUUAUUUUGCUUUUUUUUGCAAUGAAAAACAAGCUGGAGCUGUGACUAAACUAAACAAAAAAAACAUCAUCAGAUUAGGUUUUUUAGGCAGAGAAUUCAAUGCAGAAUAUGCAUCGAAGGGAACACUGUAGAUGAUGGUGUUGAAUAUUAAUCGUACAAGGAAACGGGGAGUCCUCCUUGCAUCCCCUGUCUCCCUUUACUUCUUCUUUGAGGUUGGUGCCAUGCAGGCAGUUGAAAGGACUGAAGUGAAAUAUCCGAGCAGACAACAUUAUCCUCCUCUGUUUGUUUGGGUGGAUGAUGAUGAUGAUGCUCCUUUACAGUCUGCCCAAAUUAGAUCUUUCUCCUCUGUGUGACAGGAGUCUCCUAAGUGGACUCUGAGGCAGAGGCUGAGUUUCCUAUUACGAGAACAGUGACUGAGAAUAAAGGAGAUGAACUCAAAUAAAGAAUAGGGAGCCUAGUGUUUUUUUAAUUGCUCUUGUCUUCCCCCCAACCAACCACCCACCCUACACACACACACGCACACUGAACAAUUAUGUCACAAUUAAAAACCACAAUCCCCUGGAGCAAUUUUGUGCCAUCAAUUAUUGUUCUUCCUAUGUUGGUGCUAGUAAGCAGGAAGGGAAGAAAAUAUCAACAAAUCCCCCUUUCAGUUAGGAUGGAAAUGACACCUCCAUGCUGAUAAUUAUUCAUCCCAUCCUGACAGUUCAUCUUAAAGAGGAAAACAGCUACGUUUUCCACAAAACGCCCCCCAAAAAGCCAAAAUGUCUCAAACGUGAGUCAGUUUGAGACAACAGCAGCCACAAAAGAAAACGGCCAUAAGGAUUGAACUGAAAUCAGUGCAUCUGUACAAAUAUUACAGUUUGCUGUGUAUACAAGCACAAUAUCACAAGAUCUAGACUGUAUCAAUAUCCUUUAUUAGGUUUAGGCAGAUAUUAUAUAACUGGGGACACUGUGGUAAAUGGUGUUUGUAUACUAACCAGUAGCCUGACAAAUGCGUUGAUGCAUAGCAAUGUGUUGGUCUGCAUGAGUUCAAAUUUUAGUGCAAAUCUUCAUGUUUUCUCAGACUGAUGGUACCGAUCCAGUCCAUAUUUAAUGCUCAGUUGUUUAAUGCAGAAGUCAAAACACUGGUAUGACUAGAGAUUUUGUAUUUUAUGGGAUUUAAGAGUCAUUCUAGGAUGCUGUAAACAAUGAGAUUUUGUGGGAUUUAUCUCUUUGAAAGUAGAAGUAUUUCUGUAUUCCUUGCUUGUUAGUAAACUGCUUAUUUUCUCAAAGGAAAAAAGAAAAGAUACAUUUUCUUAACAACUUUGCUUUUGUUGAUCCGAAUCUAUUGAGCCUUGAGGGACCAAAUAAUUUUAAAAAAGUGUUAUUUUAGGCUUGUUUUCCAAUCUGUGAAUAAAUGAAUGAAGCAAAA